GAAACGGCAGAAACUUACCAUAACCUAUAAAGCGAACAAGAACAAGAACUAGAAACUAGAACAAAUCAGACAGAUUUUGAAAGGAGGGAAUCAGGAAAUCGAAGAAAAAUAGUUUAUAAAAAUGGAGACGAUGGAGGUAGAUCAGCUCUCAAAACCUUCAACAUCAAAAACUCAAGAGCAAUCUAAUAAAAAACACUGUAACCUGCCUUGGAUUGAAAAGUAUAGACCUCAGACAUUUCAAGAAAUUGUAGGAAAUGAAGAUACAAUAACCAGAUUGUCCAUAUUCUCCAAGCAAGGAAAUGUGCCAAAUGUUAUAAUAGCGGGACCUCCAGGUGUUGGUAAAACAACAACUAUUUUGUGCUUAGCUAAAAUUCUUCUUGGGUCUUCUUUCAAAGAUGCAGUCUUAGAACUGAAUGCUUCUAAUGACAGAGGCAUAGAUAUUGUUAGAAAUAAAGUGAAGAUGUUUGCUCAGCAAAAAGUCACCUUACCUCCUGGUAGGCACAAAAUCAUCAUUUUGGAUGAAGUGGACAGUAUGACAGAAGGGGCCCAGCAAGCUCUUAGAAGGACAAUGGAAAUUUACAGCAACACUACAAGAUUUGCUUUAGCUUGUAAUUAUAGUGAAAAAGUUAUUGAGGCUAUCCAGUCUAGAUGUGCCAUUCUGAGAUAUUCUAAGCUCACAGAUUCCCAAGUUCUGGCUAGAACUAUUCAAAUCUGUGAAAAAGAAAAUGUAAAAUACACUGAAGAUGGGUUGGAGGCUAUAGUUUUCACUGCUCAAGGUGAUAUGCGCCAAGCUCUAAAUAACUUACAAUCUACUCAUAAUGGUUUUGGAGAAGUAAAUUCCCAAAAUGUGUUUAAAGUGUGUGAUGAACCUCAUCCAAUGCUUAUCAAGGAUAUGUUAAAAAACUGUACAGAGGGAGACAUCAGAAAAGCUUAUAAAAUCAUAGAACACUUGUGGAAUCUAGGAUAUGCAGCUGAAGAUAUUAUAAAAAAUAUAUUUAAAGUUUGUAAAAACAUGGACAUGGAUGAACCAUUGAAACUUGCAUUUAUUAAAGAAAUUGGAUUAACACAUCAAAAGAUAGUAGAUGGUUUAUGUUCACUGUUACAAAUGUCUGGAUUACUAGCAAGACUGUGUAAAGCUGGAAGUAAAGAUCGAACUGCCUAACUUUCCUCAUGUUUUUUUAGUCAUUUUCAUCUUUUUUGUACUGUUUCUACUUAUCUUAAUAAUAUAGUAUUACUUUUUCAA